AGAGGCAGUAGUAAGCCCACCUAAUGCUUUUCAUAAAAACAUUCCAUACCACAGACAUUCUUCAGUUUCUUUCAUCGGGACUGCUGACUUUACACUAAGGAGGAAAAAACAGUCCCAAACAGCAGACCCCGAGCCCAGAGAGCCCAUUAAUAAACUUAGCCGGGUGGUGAGACAGAACUACACUCAACCUCAGUGGAAUUCAAACUGCCCGUGUAGAGGAGAACCAUCCAGUCCUCCAAACAAAGGCCAGCCCAGUGGUAGCUCUGAAUUCCAUCCCUGAACUACUGGGUUUUUAAUAAAGUUGGUUAAGGGAGGGAAAACAUGAAUGCCUGGGAGAAUCUUAAGCCUCUGGCUUUAGGAGGCCAGUUUUUCAGAGUUUAUCACCUGCCAGAGAAGUAUCCUCCCAGUGUCCUAAGAUUAUUCGAUUACAGUGAUAGAGGAACAUCAGUUCUGGCUUAUGACCCGGGGCUUUGGGAAGAGAAUUACAUACAUUUCCUGGAUUUCUUUGAAUAGUCAGCAGUGGCAUGCGUAGGCCUGGAAUUCUUUUUUCCAUCCGUGUACUUAAGAUCUUAAGGGGGAGUUAGUUAUAGGUCAGGGUGAUCUAUUCAGAAGUGUUUGAGAUCACAGAGAGUGACCAGCCACCCUCCCACUGAGACCCCACAGAGCGUCUGUCCCGGAGCCAGGCCUGGGUUGGAGGAUCCCUGGGAGGCCCGGUAAGAAUAUGCCUCCCAGCUGCCUUUAUGCUUUCCAGGACGUGUUCGUGUAUUAUUUCCUCAAACUCCUUGCACAACUCUGGAAAAACAAGGUGAUUGUUACUAGCCUUCUUUUACAGAGGAGAAAGCAGGCACUGGGAGGUGUAAUGAUACCUGAGUAAGUGGACCUCAGAUCUUGAUCAUCAGUCCCCCAUCUAGGAGUUUUGUGGAUAAAAGACCCACGUACUACGACUCCUGAAAUGCAGGCAGCAGCCAGAGUGUGCACGCUGGCACAGAAAGAUCAGCAGUUCAUUGCACAGAGUUCAUAUUUUCCCCAUGGUUCUUUGCUUAGUCUCCUCCCCACUGUUUCAGUUCUAGGACCCCCAACCACCCCAUGCCUGCCCCCGCUCCCCAAGAAGGAUUUGCACUGUUUUUUCUUUGUGGGUUUUUUUUUUUUCAGUGUAGAAUAAUAUUUUAUAUUCUAUAAAUUCAGGGCAUAAGUUCUGGAGUCAAACUUAGUUCCGAGUCCUGAUGCUGCCUCAUACUAACUCUGUGACUUUGGGGAAGUUAUUUAGCUAGUCUAAACCUCAGUUUCCUCAUCUGUGAAAUAGGGCUGGGACCCAGCUUACUGGAUUCUCAUGAGGGUUAAGGGAGAUAAUGCACGGAAGGGUUCUGGUGUGAGGGUGGCACUCAUUAAAUGUUAGCGACUUGCCAAAGGGCUUCCUGUCUGCUAGACCGGGCUAAUGACGGCAGGUCCCCAGAUUGAGAAGAAUGCUCCAGGGGACAGUCUGCCUAGACUGUCAUUCAUUAUACCUGAAGAACCGACUGCAAGGAUGGGGGUGGGGGGGCGGCCGCUGCUGGAGGGAGUAUAUGGCAGGAAGAGAUUUAUGGCGGACCAUUCCAAAUUGGAACCAUGGAACUAUUACUGUUUCUACCCUUCACUUUCCUUUCACUGUCCCUUUGGGUUCCCUGGGCUAUAGAAUGAGAGAGGUAGAUGAGACCUCAGAGACCCUUUGGUUAGACCGCUCCUUCCCCAUUUCUUGUGCUCAGUGGGGCAGUCUGAGGUGGUCAGUGGCCGUUGGGAGCAGCUGGUGCCCAGAGCUGGGUGAGGCUCUGGGGACAGGAACAGUGGAGACUCAGUCCCCACACUGCAGGAGCUCUCAGCCAUUCUCUGAGGCUCAGAGAACCUAGGUCACACUGUCUCUCAGUGCCAGAGCCAGUCCCAGGUUCCCCUGGGCACCCAGCCCCAGCUUUCCCAGCCACCACAGGGCUCAACAACACCCCCCAGGAGAGGUCCAAAUUCUUAGAUCCUUGCUUUUCUUUUCUCUGAGAUCUUUUGCUUCAGCAGCCUUUACCUUAAGAAGGGGCCACUGGUCCCUUGAGGCGUGAAUCCUGCCCCCCUGUCCCGUCCCCCCCCCCCCCCCCCCCCCCCCGCCAACCUCAGCUCCUGCCAAACUGGGCUGAAGUAACACACCUGCUAGCUAUAGUUACCAUCGUCAUUCUCAUUGACUUGGAUCCAACUUCCGGAGGGAGAAGCUUCAGAGAUUAAUUUGCUAAAUGCAAGGGUCCCCUAGUCUUUGCUUUCGCUUCUAUUCAUUGAUUGAUUCAACUUGAUUUCAGAUACCUUCCAAGUUUCUUUUCGAAACAGAGACUGAAAAUGGGGUUACAUAAAAGUCUCACUGAUUUUUUUUUUUCUUUCAAUGCUCUUCCUCUUUCAGGACUGUUUGAGGCUGCAUUUGCAUAUAUGCACACCAGCCAAAACUAAUAUCUUUGUGAAUUCAGAAUAGUCUGAAAUGCCACCCCUUAUAAAUUUCAAUUAGGCAUUUAUCCACAUCACUGAGCUGUGUAUUUUAAGAACCUGUUUGACUCAAGACGAGGAUGGCAUGAAAUGAAAACAAAACAGAAGCCCGAGGGCUUACGGGACUUUCCUCUGGGGGUGCGGCCCUGGUGUUGGAGGCGGCAGGUGUGGGGAGACUUGAUCCCAUGCCCCUAAAUCCCUGAAGUAGCUUGGGUUUCAAUAUUUCUUUCAGCAAAAUGAUGCUUCAACACCCAGGCCAGGUCUCUGCCUCGGAAGUCAGUGCCUCUGCCAUCGUCCCCUGCCUGUCCCCUCCUGGGUCACUGGUGUUUGAGGAUUUUGCUAACCUGACACCCUUUGUCAAGGAAGAGCUGAGGUUCGCCAUCCAGAACAAGCACCUCUGUCACCGGAUGUCCUCUGCACUGGAGUCGGUCACUGUCAGCGGCAGACCCCUGGAGAUGGCAGUCACAAAAACUGAGGUAGCCCCGGAAGAAGACGAAAGGAAAAAGAGGCGGCGGGAAAGAAAUAAGAUCGCAGCUGCCAAGUGCCGCAACAAGAAGAAGGAGAAGACAGAGUGCCUGCAGAAAGAGUCAGAGAAGCUGGAGAGCGUGAAUGCCGAACUGAAGGCCCAGAUCGAGGAGCUCAAGAAUGAGAAGCAGCAUUUGAUAUACAUGCUCAACCUUCAUCGGCCCACGUGUAUUGUCCGGGCUCAGAAUGGGCGGACUCCAGAAGAUGAGAGAAACCUUUUUAUCCAACAGAUUAAAGAAGGAACAUUGCAAAGCUAAGCAGUCAUGGUAUGGGGGCAGUUGGGGAGUCCUCAUUGAAACCUUCUACAUCCCAAACCCUGAAGCCAUUGGAGAUCUGACUUCCUGUGCACCUCUCGCAUCCCAGCAGUGAAGCACCAUCGAGGCAGAAGAGCCCUUGGUGACUCAGCUGGGCCUUUCCUCUCUGCACCAGAGUGGACUUUGGACCGGGGCAAGGGCAUCUUUUGUCUUAACUCCAGGAUUUAGGCCUUAACCAUCCUGGCUAUUCUUGGAUGCUGCAGAUGGCCCCUGGUUAGGGUCCUGCUCAUCUUUUGCCUGGAUUCUACAAAAACAAACAAACAAACAAACAAAGCCAGGACUCUCACCAUAGGACUCAUGCUGAAGAAGUGUCUGCACAUUGGGUGGGUGGAGUGGGGCCACCUCCUGAGCUGCCACUGCCACUGCCACCAUCACUUAUAGGGACACAGAGUGAGAACGGCAUUUAGCGAAGUUGUACAAUGGCCAGGGUUGUGCUUUCUAGCAAACAUGCUGUUAUGUACAGGAAUUACUGUGUGCAAGGCACUUGUUUCAAAGCUAGGCAUUGUGUUCUUCUCAUGUUUGUUUUGCACAACACUGGUGUGAUUUUCCUCAGAUCUGGUUUCUGAGGGUUUGGUGGGGGAGGCGGCUACCACCGUAUGCGGUGUCUUACAAAAUGCUGAGGUGGCCGCAAGAGCUCAUCAGCCCCGGGAGAACAGAAUUCUGCUGGCGAGCAGCGUAGUUUUGUGCCAACAGAGAAAGCUGCCUUUCCCUCGGCGCCCAGGCAUUAACGCAGAAUUUGUGGGCAUGACUGUAGGCCCUCUGUUGCAAACUCAGUUACAAUGUCACAGGAAGAAAGCAGAAAGAAAGUCCAACUUCCAAAGGGUUAGGACUCUCCCCUCGGUGACUUAGGUCAGGAGUUCUUUCUAGGCCAGAAGAGCCAAAGAAUAUUCCAUUUUCCUUUUCUUGCAGUUGAAAACCACAUCCAGUGGAGACAAGUUUGAAGCCAGGUGAUGCCUGGGUUUUAGCAUUAUUGGAUGUUAGUGGCAUUGUUUGUCAUGCAGAUGUUGGCAGAAAUCUGGCCCAGAGCAUUUAUAACUGUGAGAGGUCAUUCACACUGGCCACAGGACUCUGGCUACUGUCUGUUUAAAUUCUGAUGUUUCUGUGAAAUCCUCAGAGUGUUUAAUCCUACUCGGUAGUAUCAUUACAAUUUUUCUGUAAGAGGAAAUAUUACUUAUUUAUCCUAGUAUUCCUAACCUGUCGAUAUAAUAAAUAUUGGAACCAAGACAUGGUAAACUUAA